GCCCCCUCCUCAUCCCCAUUCUACAGAAGGGGAAACUGAGGCACUGACCAGGGUCUGGAAGUAGAGCCAAGGCCACCUGGCUCCAGUAUGUCUCCUGAACUGCUGCCCACAGGUCAGCAGAAGCCAAGACCCCUGCCAGGCUCGGCCCCUCCCCAUCCCUCAGUGCCUGGAAGCCCCCUCAGGCGAUGGGAGCGGACCCUCUGGCCAGGGGCACUGGAGGCCAGGGAGGUGCCACCGGCCACUCUCGCCUUGAGAAUGGACAGAGCCCGAGCCUGGAGGGGUGAGCAGCCCCUUCCCUCAGAUGUGUCCCCCUCAGGCCUCCCUCCCUGUUCUGUGCCCCCCUGACCCCCAUCUCUCUGUUCCAGGGCUGUGUGUCUUGCUGAUUCUGUUGGAAGAUGGACCCCAGAGCGCCAGGGCCUCUGCCUGUAACCUUUUAUGCCCUCCAAACUCCUCAUGUGGCUUUGCCAUUUCCUGUCGCUGUGAUCCUGGAUUCAAGUCUCCAUCUGGGGAGACCAACAUCAACCCCUGGGAGACUUGUGAAGACAUUGACGAAUGUGGACAAGGCCAGCCAGGGACUGUCUGUGGAAACGCCGCAGACUGCCAUAACACAAAGGGGGGCUACUACUGCACAUGCAGCCCCGGAUACAGCCUUCUUUCUGGGGAAACAAAGUUCCAUAAUGCGAGUGAGAACACGUGCCAAGAUGUGGAUGAAUGCACCUCCUGGAAAAAUGCCUGCCACCCAUCCACCCAAUGCCUCAACAAUGUAGGCAGCUAUGAGUGCCCCUGCCGCCCUGGCUGGAAGCCGGUUCCUGGGUCCCCCAAUGGCCCAAACAACACCGUCUGUGAAGAUGUGGAUGAAUGCACCUCUGGGCAGAAUGCCUGCCACCAAUCCACCCAAUGUCUCAACACUGAGGGCAGCUAUGAGUGCCACUGUCGCCCUGGCUGGAAGCCAGUUCCUGGGUCCCCCAAUGGCCCAAACAACACUGUCUGUGAAGAUGUGGAUGAAUGCACCUCCGGGCAGAACACCUGCCACCCAUCCACCCAAUGCCACAACACCGUGGGCAGCUAUGAGUGCCGCUGCCGCCCUGGCUGGAAGCCGGUUCCUGGGUCCCCCAAUGGCCCAAACAACACCGUCUGUGAAGAUGUGGAUGAAUGCACCUCCAGGCAGAACGCCUGCCACCCAUCCGCCCAAUGCCUCAACACCCAGGGCAGCUAUGAGUGCCACUGCCCCCCUGGCUGGAAGCCACUUCCUGGGUCCCCAGAUGGCCCAAACAACACCGUCUGUGAAGAUGUGAAUGAAUGUACUUCAGGGCAACACUCUUGCCACCAAACCACCCAAUGCUUCAACACCGAGGGCAGCUAUGAGUGCCGCUGCCGCCCUGGCUGGAAGCCAGUUCCUGGGUCCCCCAAUGGCCCAAACAACACCGUCUGUGAAGAUGUGGAUGAAUGCACCUCUGGGCAGAACGCCUGCCACCAAUCAGCCCAAUGUCUCAACACUGAGGGCAGCUAUGAGUGCCACUGUCGCCCUGGCUGGAAGCCGGUUCCAGGGUCCCCCAAUGGCCCAAACAACACUGUCUGUGAAGAGAUCUCCUUCCCCACCUGGACCACACCCCCUGGAAUCAAGAGCCAGAGCCUCUCUCACUUCUUUGAAAAAGUCCAGGAGCUGGUCAGAGACUUCAAGCCUGCCUUGGCCAAGAGCACCAUCCAGAGCGUCAUACAGGAGGUGGAUAAUCUGCUGGAGACCCCAGGGGACCUGCUUACCCUGCCUCGUUCAGAGCAGCAUUCUGUGGCUACUAACCUGCUCACUGGCCAGGAGCAUGUCCUUAGAGAGCUGAGCAAGGCCUUGCCCAAUGGGCCACUGACCUUCAGGACCAAUGAAGGAACAGAACUGUUCCUGGAGGUGAAGGAGAAAGGAGACAAGAAUGUCACCCUGAGUACUAAAGAUACAACGAUGCUGGUGAACUGGGAUGUGGUGCAGGACUCAGGUGGCUCAGGCCCUUCUGUGGUGGGCCUUUUCUCCUCUCCAGGGAUGGGCAAGUUGCUGGUUGGGGCCCCCCUGGUCCUGGAAACUGAGAAGCAGUCAGCUCUGAAUGAGAAAGUCUCCCCUGUACUGCUCUCAGAUGUCAUCUCCAUCUUUGUGAGCAAUAAGGACACUCAGAACCUCAGCUCCCCAGUCACCUUGGUCUUCAACCACUUAGUGACCCCAGGACCAAGGCAGAAGGUGUUCUGUGUCUUCUGGGAUCCUGGCCAGAAUGGAAGUGGUCAUUGGUCCACCGAAGGCUGCUGGAUGAUGGGCACCGGAGAUACCAGCACCACCUGCCAAUGCAGCCACCUCAGCAGCUUUGCUGUCCUCAUGGCCCACUAUGAUACGCAGGAGGAGGAUCCCGCCCUGGCUGUGAUCACCUACGUGGGGCUGAGCCUCUCUCUGCUGUGCCUCCUCCUGGCGGCCCUCACCUUCCUGCUGUGCAAAGCCAUCCAGAACACCAGCACCUCACUCCACCUGCAGCUCUCGCUCUGCCUCUUCCUGGCCCACCUGCUCUUCCUCACAGCCAUCGACAGAACUGAGAACAAGGUGCUGUGCGCAGUCAUCGCGGGUGCCUUACACUAUCUCUACCUGGCCUCCUUCACCUGGAUGCUGCUGGAGGGCCUGCACCUCUUCCUCACCACACGCAACCUGACGGUGUCCAACUACUCCAAGGUGAGCAGGUUCAUGAAGAAGUUCAUGUUCCCUGUGGGCUACGGAGUCCCAGCUGUGAUUGUGGCCAUUUCUGCAGCGUCCAGGCCUCACCUUUAUGGAACACCUGCUCGCUGCUGGCUCCACCGAGAAAAGGGAUUUAUAUGGGGCUUCCUUGGACCAGUCUGCACCAUCCUCUUUGUCAAUCUAGCUUUCUUUCUGAUGACCCUCUGGAUUUUGAAAAGCAAACUCUCUUCGCUCAACAGUGAUGUGUCCACCCUCAAGAAUACAAGGAUGCUGACAUUUAAAGCGAUAGCUCAGCUCUUCAUCUUGGGUUGCACGUGGUGUCUGGGAAUCCUGCAGGUGGGUCCAGCUGCUCUCGCCAUGGCCUAUCUCUUCACCAUCAUCAACAGCCUGCAGGGCGUCUUCAUCUUCCUGGUGUACUGUCUCCUCAGCCAGCAGGUCCGCCAACAAUACAGGAAAUGGUGGGAAGGGGUCAGGAAAACCAAAGCAGAGUCUGAGCAGCACACCCUCUCCAGCGGACUCCUGUCGGAUGCCCCUAGACACAGUGUGGUAAAAGAUGAUGGAACAACAGCAGAAAAGAGAAAAUUAAGUCAAUUAUAAGAAAACUAAAGGUGA